GAAGAAGAAGAAGAAGAAGAAGAAGAAGUUGAUUCUCAGGUUUUUAUUAUGCUAUGUGAUGAAAGCCAUGGAGAAUUCAGAUGUCAUCAAGUCUACAGAUGAGUUGAUAAAAUCCAAUUUGGGAGAAGCAGAACAACUGGUCGACGAUGAAACCAAUUUGCUGAGAUCUGCUCAACCAAAGAAGAACUCCUCCUCUUUUUCACAAUCUGCCGAUGAAAAAGAAGACAAAGGUGAUGAUGCACGGAGCGACGAUGAGGACGAGGACCUGGAGAAAAUCAUUCAUAUCUUAGAUCAGCGAGAUUCUUUGCCUUCAUCUACUGUGCUUCCCAGAUCCAGUGCUCUCGAUUAUACACAAGCCUCUGAGUCGCUAGAAAAGAUUCCAGAGCCCGAGACACAAAUAGAAACUUAUCGUCCUAUACAAGCAUCUGAGCCAAUAGAAAAUCUUCAGGAGUCCUCACCUCAGACAGAAAAUCAUCCGGAGCCCACUCCAGGUCCAACAAAUCCAGCGAGCUCACUUGAGACGCAGACAGUAGAUAAAGAACUUCCUGAUCCCACUCCUGCUCUUGCAAAUACAGCGAGCUCACUUGAGACUCAGACAGUAGAUAAAGAACUUCCUGAUCCCACUCCUGCUCUUGCAAAUCCAGCGAGCUCACUUGAGACGGAGACAGUAGAUAAAGAACUUCCUGAUCCCACUCCUGCUCUUGCAAAUACAGCGAGCUCACUUGAGACGCAGACAGUAGAUAAAGAACUUCCUGAUCCCACUCCUGCUCUUGCAAAUACAGCGAGCUCACUUGAGACUCAGCUAAAGAAUGAAGACAUCCCUACUCACACUCAAGUUCCAACAGUUACAGGGAGGAGGGAUUCAAAGAAAACGACAAACAGUCCGUCCAUGAAUUCAGAUGUGAUCAAGUCGGGAUUAAAAUCUCUGUUGCAAUUGUCCCAAGGAUUGGGUUGUUUCAAAAAUGCGGAUGAGCUGAUAAAAGCUAUGCGUAAAGAGGAAACACUGGAAGACCAUGAGGCCGAUUUGCUGAGAUCUUCUUUACCUGAACCAGAGAAUAACUCCUCCUCUUCUUCGCAAUCUGGCGAUGAAACGGUAGACGAAGGUGCAAUGAGCGACAAUCCGGAUGAGAUAGUGGAGAAAGUCAGUCAGAUGCUAGAUCAGAUUUCUGAUCAGCUAGCUUCUUCGCUUUCAUCUACUGUGCUUCCUGGAUCCAGUGGUCUCGAUAAUACACAAGCCUCUGCGUCGCUAGAAGAUAUUCCAGAGUCUGAGACACGGAUAGCAAGGUAUCCUCCUACACAAGCCUCUGAGUCACUAGAAAGUCUGCCUGAAUCCGAGACAAAGAUAGCAACAAGCCUUCCUACACAAGCAUCUGAGCAGAUAGAAAAUCUUCAGGAAUCCUCACCUCAGGCGACAAAUCAUCUCGAGCCCACUCCAGGUCUAACGAAUUCAGCGAGCUCACUUGAGACUGAGACAGUAGAUAAAGACCUUGCUGAGCUCACUCCUGCUCUACCAAAUACAGCAAGCUCACUUGAGACUCAGAUAGAAAAUGUAGAAAUUCCUACUCACACUCUAGUUCCAACAGCUUCAGAGAGCAAUGAGAAUGGUCCAGAUUCACUUUUUCAUCAAAAUCAAAUUUUAGAAUCUUUGCAUAAGAUGAUGGAGUCACAAGGAGAGGAGCUGAAACAGCUGACAUGUGCUCUGAAGAGACAAGAUGAAAAACUAAAAGUUACUGUAUGGGACAUUAAUGUUAAAUCAGAGAAAACCAUACAGAAAACUGUAUCUUCUCUGAAGUCAGACUUGAAGCAAUUGUCUGAGCAACAUUACAACGCUCUACUGUCCCAGCUUGCUCGUACUCAACCCUCUGAGUCGCUAGAAAAUAUGUCAGAGCUUGAGGCACAGAUAGCAACAAACCGUCCUACACAAGCCCUUAAGUCAGCGGGGAGGAAUUUGAAGCAGCAGCACAUGAAUCAGCAAGUGGGCUCCUCCGGUGAACCUUCAACUCGUCAAACUGGAAAACAGACGAAGAACCGUUUCCCCUCUUCACCGAAUCUUCCUGAGUCAACAACUACAGGGAGGAAUGAGGAGGCCAAGAGCUCCAUAGAAUCAUUGCAUCAGAUGAUGGUGUCACAAAGGGAGGAGCUGAAACAAUUCAUGAAGAAUCAAGAUGAAAAGCUAGAGGCUAUUCUAUGGGACAUUAGUGAAAAAGCAGAGAAUACCAUACAGAAAACUGGAUCUUCUCUGAAGGAAGACUUGAAGCAAUGGUCUCAGAAUAUUAACUACGCUCUACAGUCCGAGCUAGCUAGUACUCGGAAAUCCAUGUCGUCACUAUUGAAAACUGAAAUAGCGAGGAGUCGACAGAACCACUCAGCUGCUGGACCAACUUCUGACGGGUCGGUUCGGCUCAGCCAGGAUUCGGCACUUCGGAUUCUCCGCAAUCUCGCCACGGACAUCAUUGGAAUCAACAAUAAUCCACAGGGGGUACUAGCUUUUAUCGCUGAUCUGAUCGCAGGUAUCAACAGAUUGGAUAGCCUCUUUUUGGUCCGUGCUCGCCCAGACUUAUUGCUCGUUGAUCAGAUGCUUGUCGGGCUGCUUCAGACACCAGGCACACCACCCGGCACUAUUCACUUCCUCCGUCAUUCUAUCCAUCUCCUGCUUCAUACUGAUCAGUAGAUCAGUCACAUCAUCCCUCAAAAUACUCUUCUGGAUCAGCAAACAUUGCAACCAUUAUCAGACCUAAGAUGUAGUUCCUCUCUUCUUUCAAGAACCUAUCCAUCUGAGUAUAGAGUCAGGAAUAACAACAUUUUCAUAAAUAAACUAUCCUUUGGUAUAACAUCUUCGUUUCCUUGUGUUUCUUAGCUCCUUGUCUGUUUAAUUUUUAGCUAAACAAACCACAGAAAGAAAAUGGUUUGGAUAUAAGUCAACUCUUAUUUAGUCAA